UCGAGGAUCUCCGGACGACGACCAUGGCGCCGAUUCUCAGAUCCACUUCCCUUUUCGCUUUGAUCGUCUGCCAGAUUUCUCUCAUCUUCUUAUUUGCUUCCACUCUUCCGAUCUCAUCUGGGUCUGAGUCUGAGGAUAGUUACACAAUCACGGGUAGAGUAAGGAUCCCAGCAAGCACCGUGAUUGGUCAUGCAGCUAAAUUCUCAAAUAUCAAAGUUAUACUCAAUGGUGGGCAGCAUGUUACUUUCCUCAGGCCGGAUGGAUACUUUACCUUCCACAAAGUGCCAGCUGGGACUCAUCUGAUUGAAGUUUAUGCAAUGGGCUACUUCUUCUCCCCAGUGCGAGUUGAUGUUAGUGCUCGGCAUCGUGGAAAGGUUCAAGCAACACUAACAGAAACCAGGAGGAGUCUUACUGAGCUGGUCUUGGAGCCACUGCGGGCAGAGCAAUACUACGAGAUGCGAGAACCUUUCUCUGUAAUGUCAAUUGUGAAAAGUCCAAUGGGUCUUAUGGUGGGAUUCAUGGUCGUUGUCGUGUUCUUAAUGCCUAAGUUGAUGGAAAACAUAGAUCCAGAGGAAAUGAAGAGCGCUCAAGAGCAGAUGAGAAGCCAAGGAGUGCCUUCACUCACUAGCUUGAUAGACUUGGAAGAAAACAGCACCAGCAAAUUCCUCAAGCGAUCUAACAUUGGGUUUACAAAGUUGAUGGAGAGCUUACCAACGACGGUCUCAGCGAAAUCAGACCGGCGAGGUAGGCCUUCUAAGUCUCAGAACACCUCCAAGCCCUCUCUUAUCUUGGCCUUCUUCUCCUGUCUAGCUUGGCUCUACGUCGCUGGCCGGUUGUGGCAAGAUGCACAGUACAGAGCAGCACUCAAUACUGUGCUUAAGAAGAAUUAUGAUCAGAGGCCUAAGGUUCUUACGGUGGAGGACAAGCUGGUAGUCCUUGGAUGCAAAGAUCUUGAGAGGAGAAUUGUUGAAACUGAAAUGGAGUUGGCACAGGCAAAGAGUCAAGGCUAUCUUAAAAACCAGAAAAGUGUCUCUUCUUCAGGGAAGAAAAUGCUUGCUGUUAUUGGAGUUUACACAGGUUUUGGAAGUCAUUUGAAGCGCAAUAAAUUUAGAGGCUCUUGGAUGCCACGAGAUGAUGCUCUGAAAAAACUUGAGGAAAGAGGAGUUGUCAUACGCUUUGUGAUUGGUCGGAGUGCUAACCGAGGUGAUAGCCUAGAUAGGAAAAUUGACGAAGAAAAUCGUGCAACUAAAGACUUUUUGAUUCUUGAGAAUCACGAGGAAGCCCAAGAAGAGUUACCAAAGAAAGUGAAGUUCUUCUACAGUGCUGCUGUUCAGAAUUGGGAUGCAGAGUUUUAUGUCAAAGUUGAUGACAACGUUGACCUAGAUCUUGAGGGGAUGAUUGGGCUUCUUGAAAGCCGUCGUGGUCAAGAUGGUGCUUACAUUGGGUGCAUGAAAUCUGGAGAUGUGAUUACUGAAGAGGGAAGUCAAUGGUAUGAGCCUGAGUGGUGGAAAUUUGGGGACGACAAAUCGUAUUUCCGUCAUGCAACUGGUUCGCUGGUAAUACUCUCCAAGAAUCUGGCUCAGUAUGUCAAUAUUAACAGUGGAUUGUUGAAGACAUAUGCGUUUGAUGAUACCACCAUUGGAUCAUGGAUGAUUGGCGUCCAGGCAACAUAUAUAGACGACAAUCGCCUUUGCUGCAGCAGCACAAGACAAGAAAAAGUGUGUUCCAUGGCAUGAUCAAUGCAUAGCUGAUCCUCUUGUCCCAGAGCAAAGACGGCGGUUUCUCAUUGCAUUCAUGGUGCUCCGAUACUCUUUUGAGGCAAAUUCUUGGACCGGAUACUGAAUUUAUGAUUAGUUUUGUUAGAAUGGGAGUAUGAUUAGGCCAUUCAUUACAGUUUAUGAUUAGGGCAUGCAUAUCCCUUGAGCUUUGGAGUAAGAAAAUGGGGGAAUGGUAUAGUUGUGAAUGAAGUAUAAUUUUUCCU